CUAUAUAUAUGCUUGCUUGGCUAAUAAAUAAGGAAGCAUCCCAGAACUUAACAAUAUUGGCAUCCAUAGCCACAACAGCAAUGGGAGCAUCCUCGAGUUGCUGCGCUCCCCACAAGGUUGAAGAAGGAGCGAUCAUCAAUGGAGGCAACAGUUCUUGGAGAAUAUUCACAUACAAGGAGUUGCAUGCAGCUACUAAUGCAUUCAGUGAGAAUAAUAAGCUUGGUGAAGGAGGCUUUGGAAGUGUCUACUGGGGAAAAACCUCCGAUGGCCUUCAGAUAGCAGUGAAGAAACUGAAAUCAAUGAACUCAAAAGCAGAGAUGGAAUUUGCAGUGGAGGUUGAAGUUCUUGGAAGGGUGCAACACAAGAACUUGUUGGGUCUCAGGGGCUAUUGUGCUGAUGCUGAACAAAGGCUCAUUGUGUAUGAUUACAUGCCAAAUCUAAGCUUGCUUUCUCAUCUCCAUGGCCAGUUUGCUGACAAAAGGCUCUUAGAUUGGAAGAGAAGAAUGAAAAUCGCCAUUGGCUCUGCUGAAGGCCUUCUGUAUUUGCAUCAUCAGGUUACCCCCCACAUUAUUCACAGAGACAUAAAGGCAAGUAACGUGCUGUUGGAUGCAAAUUUUGAGCCACUGGUUGCUGAUUUCGGGUUCGCAAAGCUGAUUCCAGAGGGUGUAAGCCACAUGACUACCCGGGUUCGGGGCACAUUAGGAUACUUAGCACCAGAAUAUGCCAUGUGGGGAAAGGUUUCCGAGAGCUGUGAUGUUUACAGCUAUGGAGUUCUUCUACUGGAGCUCGUUACAGGAAGAAAGCCGAUAGAGAAGCUCCGGGGUGGCAUUAAGAGGACCAUAACCAAAUGGGCUGAGCCUCUGAUUGCCAAAGGGAAGUUCAUGGAUCUGGCUGAUCCGAGGCUCAGGGGGAACUUUGAUGAGAACCAGCUGAAACUAGCGAUCCACGUGGCUGCACUGUGCGUGCAAAGGGAACCAGAGACGAGGCCUAAGAUGAAAGAAGUGGUUGGACUUUUGAAAGGGUAUGAUCCAAGAGGCGGGGGAAUGCAGAUGAGAAUUGAGAGUAUAAGAUAUGAGGAAAACUUCAUGGCCUUGGAUCAGGCUAGUGAAGAUGAAGGUGCUGCUACUCCUUACGAAGAAAGCAGUGCCUAUGGGGUGUUUGGAGCCAUGGAUGUGCAGAGGGGGAAAAGGCCUUACAAGGGAUAUGGAGACAGAAAAAUGGUGUGAGAUAAAGAAGAGAGUGUUUGCUGUGUAUUUGGCGUGUUUAUAUGAAUGUAUUGCACCAUUGUUUCCAUGUAGUAGGAAACUCAGGUUUGAAGCAGAGUUUCUCACAUGAAUCAACUCAGAAAUAUUAAAACUGAAGAAAUAUGAACUUGAAAUAUUUAGAAUUUGAAUGAGUAUUCCAAACAUGCCUUAC